AUAUCAGCUCACCUGUCUGCUAGGCUCUAUUAGAGGUAACCCUUUAACUGACGACUGGAACUUCCUAAACGGAUUAACCUGGAUUGCAUUUUUUUGUGGAGAAAUAAUCAAAAGGAAUAUUACUAAAAGAACAAUGGAGUGGAGGAUUAUAGUACCUGUUCUGUGUCUAAUUGGAUUCCUGUCUGUGCCAGGAUAUGCUGCUGAAACUAACAUCACUGUCACCCCCAACAACGGCACCACCAACAGCACCAUCAACGGCACCAUCAACGGCACCACCAACACCACCACCAACAGCUCCACCAACACCACCACCAACAGCUCCACCAACACCACCACCAACAGCUCCACCAACACCACCACCAACAGCUCCACCAACACCACCACCAACAGCCCCACCAACAACAGCCCCACGACUUUUGAAUUUAAUAUAACGUUCCACAUUGAUGACACUUUCAAUGCAAACUACGCAGACAUGACCAAUAAUGACACAAUAGCCCUUAAAAACAAAAUCAUCUCUCAGGUUACACCAGCUUACACUCAAUUUAAAAACUUCCAACGCUUUGAUAUUCUGCAAUUCAGGAAUGGCUCCAUUGUGGUCGAUGGAAAACUUAUCUUUAACAACAGUGACUCCAAGCCUUCUGUGGCAAACCUGACACAAAUCUUGAAUAAUGGAAAUUUUACCUUCAAAGUCCUUUCCAAUCUCACCAAUAUUGCUGAGGUCACAACAACUGCUGGUCAGUUUGUGUUUACAGAUUUAUCUUUCAAUCGGACAACUACUGCUUCAGCUACGACUCAAGCUGUAACAACCUCAGCAGGCACUAAAGUGUACAAUGUAGUCUUCAAAAUGGACGGAAACUUCACAGACGACCUAUCAAACCUGACCUCUCCUGCAGCCAUUAAUCUGACAAACAAUGUCAUUGUUCAGCUUGAAAAAGUUUUCAGAACUUUGAAGAACUACAGGCGCACAACUAUCCGGCAGUUCAGGAAAGGCUCCAUUGUAGUAGAUUCUUCUGUUGAAUUCGACAAAGCCUCUCCUCCUACUUUAGCAGACGUAACUAAAGCCCUUACUGAUGCUGUUAAGAAUGGAACAGUCGCAUUGCAAAUUGAUGCACUAACUAUACAAGUUACAGACCCUUCAGUGACUGCUAACAAGUCUCCAGUCUUGGCUAGUAUUCUCACUGCUUUCUGGAUGACGCUAGCAUCACUUCUGUUGUCAGCUGCGAUGCACUAAGCAUCACCUUCACACAUAAAAUCAUGCGACUGCAAAAUGAUUGUGACAUUUUGGAUCAUUUUGGCCACAUUUAGAAUCAGCAGGUCACAAAUUAAAACAAGCCAAGUUAUGAUCUACCUGUAACAUUUACUAGUCUUUCUUGCCACAUAUAGAGCCUGGUGAUAUGUGUAAGUUAUGGUAUUUUGGUUUCUGAUUUACAAAAAAGCACACUGUUUGUGCAUGUGUACACUGGGCUGGAGGAUUAAUGAGGAUUGGUUUAUUGAAACCACAUCUGAACAUUUCUCUAUGCCACAGAAAUGGCACAAGUGAAAGUUACCUAUAGAGUUAGGUUGAAAUUCAAAAUUGAGAUCGCUUUGUGCUUUUGAAAAUGGAUUGAACAGGAAAUACAUUUACCAAUGUAUUAGUUUGAUUCUGAAGAUGUGAAAUUUAUGUAUUUAACCUUUAAGUUAAUGAAAGAUGUUCUAGUAAAUGUUCUGUAUUAUGUUUUAUGAAGUACUUAUGUUUAAUAAAAUGAAGGUGGAAUCCUG